AUGCAAGGGAAGCAAGACACGGACCAGGACAAGCUGGAGUCCGAUUGCUGGCUGGUGGAGACGGACAGCGAGACGGAGAUGCCGAAAAGGAGUGCGCAAUCGAGCGGCGCCCGACCGCUGACAGAGAAGCAGCUGGCGAAAAAGGCGGAGAGAGAGCAGAAGAAGGCUGUGAACUCAAUCGCAUUGGCGCUGAAGCAGAUUGACAAAGAAGGUGUGGCCGAAUUUGGAGGUGAGUUGGAAGCAGCCUUGAAGGAAGCCAAAGGUCAGUUCCAAGAGUGGAAGGUCCAAGCCACGGAUUUUCUGCAUGCCGCUGAAAGCAACAAGGCCAAGGCCGAUCCAAGCAAGGUGCACUUUUCCAAGGAGGUGCUCGAAGGUGCUGUCAAAGCCGCUGGGGCCUCCAUGCUGGUGUAUAAGGAGAAGAUGCGAAAUAUCCGUGAGAAGAAGGCUACUGCCAAGGCAGCCGCGCCGCCAAAGGCGACUCGUGCCAAGGUGACGUCGGCAACCUUCAAACGCUAUGUGAGCGAAACUUUGCAGCCGGCGCUGGAUUGCUUUGAUCGCUUUGAAGUGCAAGGUCUCGAGGAUGAGACUAGUGAAAUCUACAUUGCAAAUAUGGAAAAGUUGGUUCUCUUUAUUGGGAAAGAGAUGCCAAGCCUGGCUGACUUGUUAGCACUUCCGUUGCAGGACAGCACUGCAAUUUUGAUAGCUGACUUGGAUGGUUUGCGUUCGAGCCUAUGUCUGAAAGGCAGUGCUGGCAUGAAGCCAUGUUUGAGGUGUUUGAAUUGCGUGAAAAAGGACAGCGGAUUGGAUCCCAUGCAGUAUCCAGAUAUAUCCAAUCCUGCUUUUGCGCACUUUCGACAGAUCAGAGACCAAGAUAUCUGGGAUCUUGCUGAUGCUUUGCAAAAAAUGGUGGACGAUGGUGAGUCGAAAGCCAAGAUUCAAAAAUUUGAGAAGGCAGCCGGAUUAGUUUUUUUUGGUGAUGGAUUGUUCUAUCAACCCAGACUUCGGGAUCGAAUGCCUCCCACGCAGGUUUGCGUGGAUGGCAUGCAUUGUUACUAUUCCAACGGUGUCGCGUCAUGGGAAAUUGCCCUGUGUUUAGACGCUGUGACAACGGCGUCGCAUUGGACACUUCGUUUUCUUCGAGAUGCAGUGUUGCAAAGUGCAUGGACGGGACCCAAAGGAAGUAAGCAUAUCUAUGCUUCAUAUCUGAAAAGUUUGUUUUCAGAGAAAAAUGUCACUGAAGUCGUUUACAAGGGACAAGCGUCGCAAUGCGAAUCACUAGUGCCGCUGUUGAGAUACUACUUUGCUGAAGGCAAUCUGAAAGAGGAACAUUUGCAACCUCAUCUGAAAAGCUUUGAACACUUGGCUGUGUGUUGCGCGCAAUUGCGCGCUUUGAGGUACCAGUGGUCUGAAAUUUCCCCUCGAGAUGUUGAUGCCUUGCUGGCUGUGCAAGAACGUCAUCAAAAGAGCUUCCUCGAGUGCUACUCCACGGAAUACAUCAAACCCAAACAUCAUCAGCGUUUCCAUUUGGGACAAAGCUUCUUGCAAAUGAAUGUGGCGCUGAGAUGUGAGCAACAUGAAAGUAAACAUCGUUGCUAUAAGCACGGUUUGGCGGAGAGAUUGAAAUCCACAGUGCGGGUUGGUUUCCAAAGAAGCCUUUUGCCGCGCUUGCUGUCUGGUCAGGCUGCUCGAGUGCGUGAACUUGGCGUUCAACCCUUCCGUCUCUUCGGGCCGUUCAAGGCUGCUUCUCCGUCUCUCUGCAAUUUGUUGGGGGAUGCAGCCAUGAAGGUGGCAAAGUCUUUGCGAUUUUACCAUUCCUCUGUCGAAGAGCGACAUUGUAUACUUUGCAGAUGGAUCAGCAGCAGUGGUAGAAAAUAUUGUGAGCAACGAUGUUGA